UAAGGCAAUAAAAGAGAUCAGUCACCUGAUGUGACUGUGAUAUAGUGUCAUAUAACUAACAUGAAUGUUUAGGUGUGCUCAUUUUCUCACUUUGACUUGUCACAUCGGAAGUAACGAAACAUCCUGCAUCUCAGGAUGUGACAAUAUUAGAGCUUUUUUGCACUUAUUCAAGUCUAUCAGAUGCCAGUAAACCUAAAGACUGAAAGACAACAGAGGACAAGAAAGAGUCUUCCUAAAAUACAGAUUUCUUCUGGAAUUUCAUAUAUCAAAAACUAAAGCGUAAAUAGACAGGAAUCUCACAGCAGUUACGAUGUUUCCUAACACACAGCUGAAGUGGACACUUCUUCUUUUGGGUCUGUUCCUGCAGUCUAGUGAAUCUCGUCAAUGUGGCGUUGGAUUCAAAAUAAAAAACAAGAUUUGUGUUGAUGAGGAUGAGUGUUCAACAUCGAAUCAGUGCGGUGAUCACGCUCAGUGUGUAAAUACACCUGGAAGUUACUACUGCACCUGUAAUGAAGGAUUUCGGUCAGCAACAGCCAACUUCACAGCAGAACAGGGACAGUGUGAGGAUAUCAAUGAGUGUGUUGAGAAAACACGUGAAUGCACAGGUGAUAUGGUGUGUGUGAACAAGUGCAUCUGUCGAAAGGGAUACCGGCCCUCGAGAACAGACUCAGGAUGUGACGAUGUGGAUGAGUGUUUGUCCUCAGUGUGUGGAGUUCACAGCAGUUGCACUAACACACCUGGCAGUUUCUUCUGCAUCUGUUCUCCAGGGUUUCACAGACAUGAGAACAACACCUGUACAGACAUCAAUGAGAGUCCAGAUCCAGAUGUUUGUGGCAGAAACGCACAGGGCUUCAAUCAUUCAGGCGGCUACAGCUGCAAAUAUGCCACGAGGGUUACAGUAAUUAUAGCAACAAUUAUGGCAAACAGUAUUUAGUGCAUGUUUGCAUUACGAGUUGCACUGCUGAAGCUGCUAAUGCACUCCAAAAAAUGAUUCGGUCUAAAUUUACAUUUUGUGUAAUUCAAUUGCAUACCAAUUUUCCAUCCAUUUAGAUUACAUAGUUUUAACAUAAACAAACCAAUAAACUUAAUGUGAUUCAUAUCCAUCAGUCAUACGUGAAUGAAACAGGUAAGAUUUAUGUAAUAAUUCACAGCAAAGUCCCCACACUGCUCAGUGUUCAAGUGUUUCCACACUACAGAGUGUUCAAGUAGAAUUGAAGCAGUGUUGAGUUAAGAAGAUAAUUAUGUGAUGAUUGAUCAUUAAUGAUGAACAGUAUGGAAUUAGAUUUGUGCCAAAUAAAAUGAAUGUAAUUUUUCAAGAAACGUAUGAAAAUAUAAAUUGAAACUGAAUAAAAUGUCUUUGAAACUAAAAAAUAAAUAAAUUACAGGCAAAAUCUUUGA